ACUAACACAUGGAUAUGAAUUAACUAGAAAAAAAUGAUGCUUCAAGUAAAGCUACCAUAGCUAACCAUAGCCUUUGACUGGCCUUACUGCUCCAAAUUCCAAUAUGCUAGGUUUGUGUUCUUCUUCGAUGCAAUUCGUUUCCUUUCAAAGCUCUGAAUAAAUUCUGGAUGCGCGUAUUAACAGAGACGUGAUUAUUCAAAUUUUCGUUCGAUGUUUUGUACCGAUUACUUUCUGACAUAUAUGAUUGUAGUCUGCUAAAUUCCUGUCCUAAACCGUUUUUAAUUUCACAUUGUUUAUGCUCUGCAUUGGAAAAACCCGAUUUUUGCUGUAGAAGAGACAUGAAUAAUAUUAAUAGCCGGCAAAGAAGUAUUUCAGAAGGGGUUCAGCAUGUGCUCAACUACCUCAAGUGUAUGCAGUCCGAAAAUCCAUCCUUCUUUUAUGCCAUUCAGGGAAAUUUUGAUGAACACUCGGAUGGGAAUAUAUUCUGGGCUGAUGGAAAUGCUCGGAUAAACUGUAACUGCUUUGGGGAUACCGUAAAGUUGGAUACAUCAUAUAUAACUAAUGGAUUUAAGGUUCCGUUUGCUACAUUGACUGGCUUAAACCAUCAUGCUCAGCCUGUCCUAUUUGGUUCUGCUAUAAUUUUUGACGAGUCUGAAACAUCAUUCGUCUGGCUUCUCCAGACUUGGCUUCAAGCAAUCUCUCCUCAUAUCCCUCUCUCCAUCACUACCAAUUCUGAUCGGCACGUACAGAUGGCUGUCGCUCAAGUUCUUCCAAACACAUGUCACCGUCUCUGUAGAUGGAGCAUAAUCAGAGAAACCAAGCAGAAAUUGUCUCUUAUAUACCAUAUGCAUCCCUCUUUUGAAGCCGAAUUCAAAAAGUGCAUCAACGAACCGGACACGGUUGAUGAGUUUGAAUCGCAAUGGGGAUCACUUUUAUCUAGAUAUCACCUCAUGGACAACGAAUGGCUUCACUCAAUGUACAAUGCUCGUCAUCAAUGGGUUCCUAUCUACUUGCGCCACACAUUUUUUGGGGAACUCUUUGUUGGUGGAGAUGAUGACAAUGAUUAUAUGAACUCUUUCUUUGAUGGGUUUUUGAAUGCGACCACUGCCAUUGACAUUUUGACUAAUCUGUAUGAGAAAGCUAUUGCCAGUUGGCACGAAAAGGAACUUAAGGCUGAUUUUGACACUAAGAGUAGCACUCUGAUUCUAAAAACAUCUUCUCCCAUGGAAAAGCAGGCGGCUAGUGUUUUUACUAGGAGGGUAUUUUUGAAGUUCCAGGCUGAAUUGGUUAAUGCCCUCGCUAAUCUUGCCACUAAAAUAGAUGAUUCUGGAGAAACCACAACAUAUCGUGUUGUCAGAUUCAAGGAAAAGCACAAAGCACAUGUAGUUAGGUUUAAUGACAUAGAGAUGAAAGCGAGUUGUAGCUGUCUGAUGUUUGAAUUUUCAGGCAUUCUUUGUAGGCAUGUGUUGUCAGUGUUCAGAGUGAAAAAUAUUCCGACACUUCCUUCCCGGUACAUUUCAAAGCGCUGGACACGGGAUGCCAGGACUAGUGGUGGGUUAGUCCUGGACAAACAUGGUCUGGUAUUGCCAAACAGUUCUCAAGAAUCUUACACAGCUCGUUAUACUAAUUUACGUCAGGAAGCAAUGAAGUUUGUAGAAGAAGGUGCAAAAUCUAUUCUUGUUUAUAAUGUUGCUAUGGGUGCUUUGAAAGAGGCUGCAAAAAGAGUUUCCGCCGAGAAGAAGCAAAGGAUUUGGGAAACCCAGUUGACCAAUGUAGCAAAUCAAAAUCUCGAAAUGCUUGCAGGAGAUGAAAAUCAUACAGCUGAUUCCUUGCUGAAUGAGAAACAGAGAAAAGUCCAUGAAUUGACUGCCGAGUUAGAUAGCAUAAAUGUGAAAUGUGAAGUCUAUCGCUCGAAUCUGCUUGCUGUUCUGAAAGAUAUGGAGGAGCAGAAGUUAAAGCUAUCAGUUAAAGUACAAAAUGCCCAGCUUAGCUUAAAAGAGUGAGUUUCACGUGUUUGGCGCUUUGCUUUAAUAUGCAUGAGAAGAAGUAUUUAAAGACUACCUGGGAGUAAAAAUUUAAAACCUGAUUUCAUUCUUUCUCUGUACCUUUAAGUCAUUGUUCUACAUUCCUGUCAUUAGGAGGCAGGUGAUGAAUCAUGGGGAUGCGAAUAGAAAAUGUGAUAGGUUAGUUUUGCAUUUGUGUUUUAUUGCAGAUUGAAUGUACAAUAGUGUGUUCAAUCAUAACACAUAAACAAAUAAAAAAUUGAUUUGUACUCCCUCCGUCCCUUAAAAUUCUUCUCGCUUUCCUUUUUGGGACGUCCCAAAAAAAUCUUCUCAUUUCUCUUUUUGGAAAGUUUUGUGUGGCUACCAUUUAUUUACCUUUUUCUUGCUCAACCCCAACAAUUCAUUUCUACUUUAUUCCCACUUUCUUAAACUCCGAUCCAAGUCAAACCGGGAAGAAUUUUGCGGGACGGAUAGAGUAUAAGUUAUGUAAGGGCAUUCGGGUUCCCAAGGGAGAUCUGAGGGUCAGUCGCCUCCCGUAUCCUACGGGGUCUUACUAUGUACUCACCAAAUAGUGGAUUGUUUGGAUCAUAUGAGGCUGGCCUGGUAUAUGAAGGCUGGGUUGUAGAUAAUUUCAAUUUAAUGUUUGUUCAGCUGUAGUAUUACUAAAAAACCUGUCUAGUAGACUGUCUAGCUAAUCAAUAUAGCAUUCAUAACACAAUUUGUACAUGUAUUCACACUUUCUUUUCAUGUAAACAUAUUUGGUUCCUCUCUAGUA